AACCGUGUGCAGUACAUGUUAUGUUCACUAAUGUUCCUGCCAUACAGGGUCCUCUGUAGCUGAGUGCUGCUGAGAUGGCUGGUUUUAAGUUCCACUCUUACCUUAGCACUGCAUUGUAUCCUCACCUCAACUGGUUCCUCUGCACAAAUCUAAGAAAGAAUCCAUGCCUACAUCACGUCUAAACAAAUGUGUGUGUUUGUCCUCCUCUCUUCCACUGUAGCCUUGACGGCUGCAGCUGGCCGGGGGAAGAUGGAGGUCUGCAGCUUCUUGUUGGAGCAGGGGGCGGUGGUGCAGCAGGUCAACCGGCGGGGGGUAUCUCCUCUAUUCUGUGCCGUCAGACAGGGACACUGGCAGAUUGCAGAGCUGCUGCUGCAGCACGGUGCUGACAUAAACAUCAGUGACAAACAGGGCCGGACCCUACUGAUGGUGGCUGCCUGUGAGGGUCACCUGAGUACUGUUGAGUUUCUGCUUUCUAAAGGUGCAUCUUUGACUUCGAUGGACAAGGAGGGACUGAUGCCCCUGAGCUGGGCAUGUUUAAAAGGACAUAAGAAUGUGGUGCAGUUUUUGGUGGAGAAAGGUGCGGUCAUCGACCACACAGACAAGAAUGGACGAACUCCCCUGGACCUCGCUGCCUUCUACGGAGAUGCGGAGAUUGUCCAGUAUUUGGUGGAAAGAGGAGCAGUGAUAGAGCAUGUGGACCAUAGUGGGAUGAGGCCUCUGGAUCGGGCCAUAGGUUGUAGAAACACGUCGGUGGUGGUGACUUUGUUGAAGAAGGGGGCCAAGCUAGGGAACGCUGCCUGGGCCAUGGCUACUUCCAAGCCUGAUAUCCUCAUCAUUCUUCUUCAGAAGCUGAUGGAGGAAGGAAACCUGCUUUACAAGAAAGGGAAGAUGAAAGAGGCAGCCCAGAGGUACCAGUACGCCCUGAGGAAGUUUCCUCGAGAAGGCUUUGGUGAUGACCUGAAGGCAUUUAAAGACCUGAGGGUCUCUCUGUACCUCAAUCUCUCCCGCUGUCGCAGAAAAACCAAUGAUUUCGGGAUGGCUGAGGAGUUUGCGACAAAAGCACUGGAGCUGAAACCCAAAUCCUAUGAGGCCUACUAUGCCCGCGCCAGAGCUAAAAGAAGCAGCAGACAGUUUACGGCGGCCAUGGCUGACCUGCACGAAGCGGCCAAGCUGUGCCCCAACAACCGGGAAAUCCGUCGCUUGCUGGCUCGAGUUGAGGAGGAGUGCAAACAGAUGCAGCGAACUCAGACCAAAGGAGGCCUGGCCGGGGCUGCAGCCGCCUCCAGCCAGGCUUCAGGAGGCCACGAGUCUGACCAGGAGCAGGACGAAGGUCAGGAGGACCCCUCGGAGCACAGCCUUGCGAGGAGCGUGGACGGACAAAGAGACAUUCUUGAAGAGGAGGAAGAGGAGGAGGAGGACCUGCAGCACGACAGGACGGCUGAAGCCUGCUGGUCCCAGAACAGUUACCCCUUCAACAGAGUGCUACCCUCCGAGUCGGCAACCAUCAGUAACAGUUUGGGGCAUCAGAGUCUGACCCCCAGCUCUCCUCCGGGCCCCAACAGGCUUCCUCCCCACCGCUACCCGAGAGAGCACCGUGAGGCGCUGGCCCAGCAAGGUCUGGUCCUGCAGCCCACCAAGCAGGCCCAGAUUGUCAAGACCAAUCAGCACAUGAAUUCCAUGCAGGCUGGAGGAGGCGCUGUGGGGGGCCGCUCUGCAGGGUCCAAAUCUUACGCACCUUCCAGCCCCUUACCCAGCAGACACAUGUCCAGCAUGCUGAAGCCGGGCCCAGGCAUCGACAUCAGUCCUCUGCCUGCACCUGACGAGCCUGUAUAUGGGAACCGCAUGUUGCUGGCAGCCGCCUCCACCUCCACAGGUCACAGCUGUGAAAGUGAGAGCCUCCACUGCUCCCAGGCCUCCUACUCAUCCUGUAGCAGCUCCAAAGGUCUGGGGCAAGACCGGCUGUCUGCGCACUCUGCCUCCUCUCUGGAUGGGUUGGCCUGCUCUGGUCCUGGCCUCCAGGGGAGCCAUGCUGACCCAGGAAAGGAAGGGAUGUGUGGUGCAGUUGGAUCUCAGGGAGGAAGCAGCAGCAGCAUGCGUGUGUCCAGUUCCACCAGCAGCCUGGCGUCCAGCAGCAGCCUGUCGGACAGCGGCAAGCUAGGACCCGAUGUCCGCACCAAGAUCUCUGACAAAGCAAAGCACAGCCAGCAGGCCAGCUCUACAGCAGAGUACAAACCCAGACCCUUCAUGGGCAUAACUGACAAGACGGCACGCUUUCAGCAACAGCAGCAGCAAAUCCAACAGCAGCAGCAGCAGCACCACGGCUUGCAGAGUCACCCGAGCCUGCAGUCUGCCGGUCGCAGCUGGUUGAACCACUCCUCUGACGGCCUCGUGUGUCACAAUAUGUCAGCAAUGAACCUGCAGCCUGUCGACUGCGAGCUCUCUUACGGCAAAACAGUGAGCACUUACCAGGAGCAGCACAAACCUCCACCACCUCAGGGUGGCAUGGCGAUGAGUAGCUUACAAAACGGCAUGCAUGCCAAGGAAUUUGCAGAAAAGUUCUGCCAAGCUGCCAACUGUUACAAAGAGUCCAAGCCAGCACUGGCUAUGCCGCACACUUUCGUGGACAGUAAGCCCAAGCAGCCUGGCCUAUCCCGAGAUAAUCCUGCCAUUCACGUAGCUUCAAUGAAACCAAAGCGAUCAUUUAUAGAGUCAAAUGUAUAAAAGUGUUUGUUUUAUCUCUCUUACAGUCCUCAACGCACACACAAACACACACACAAACACACACUACACUAGCAAAACUCUAAAGCAAGAGGGACUUGUUUUAAUUUGUUUUGAACUGGUCCCACACAGUACAGUCUCACUAUUAAGCCUUGUAAGAAGUACAGUUUGCAAGCUGUUUGUUUUCCUGUGAAUACAGACACCAAGCAGCGUACCGAAUGCUCCAAGUUUUACUCGUCCCCAAUCUGCCGCUUAGGGCUGUCAGCUUCUGUUACGCGACAACAUGUCCGCCGUCGUUCAGCCAAGCUGGAGACAUUGCACUGAAGGAAGUAUUUGGACAUGUACUGUACAAUCCCCAUCAACGAAAUGGCGACAGCGAGCACUUUACACACAGUUAGGCCCUGCAAGUGCUUAAACAACAUAUUCAAUUACAGCAUAAUGUUAUUGUGGAACAGUUCUGAAUGGGCGACUGGAAAUGGGCUUUGAACUGUGUUCAUCACGUCCAUGGUGCUGAGUGGAGAAAUAAGGAAGAGGAAGUCCUCAGUCAGAGAAGUCUAAGGGACGGGCAUUCCUGUGUUUUACGAAGGAUGUUAUAGAUCCUCAUGUUGUGUAUAUAUUCUAUAAAUAUGUACUUCCUUCUUUUCAGUGAAGGUCUAUGUUAAGUGUAUUGACAAGUUCAAACUUGUGUAUUUUGAGUUUUAGGCACAAUGUUGUUCAAAUGGUGUUAAAGGUUCUAAAACAACAAAACAAAAAACAUUUGUUAAAUAUAUUUGUACAUUAUAUAAAUCACCAUUAACACUGAAUCCCUUUCUGUAUCUGCUUGUUGUUGCUGUCUAGUUUAAUUUAUUUACAGCGCCAAUGGCUUGGUUAAUUGUAAAAGCAAUAUAUUUUAUAUAGUUAUUUUUGCACAGCUACUAAGACAUUUUAUGAUUCUCAAUAAUGUUGAGAUUUAAGUGCAUGCUACAAUUGCAGUUUAUAUGACAGAGUAAAGCAAAAAAAUCUAUUAAAAAAAACAGAAAACGGUUUUGGGGCACAGUGCCAUCAGCUCUAUUUUAUUAUGUACGUUAAAUGCAAUUGUUGCCAUGUUUUCAGUAUUGUGAGCUUUAUUAGCUGUGAUCACAUACUGUAAUAGAACAUUACUGCCAUAGCCACCAUGGGAGAGAAAUAAAAGACCCACUGAGGAAA